UGAUCAGCUGUGUCCAAUCACAACUGAUCACAUGUAAGAACUGUCACGCUGAUAGCCUACCAGUGCACAUCAAUGCCACAUAUCAGUGCCCAUCUGAGCUGUCUUUCAGUGUCACCUAUCAAUGCCAGUCAGUGCCACCUAUCAAUGCCAGUCACUGCCACCUAUCAGUGCUGCCAGUCAGUGCCACCUAUCAGUGCCAGUCAGUGCUGCCUAUCAGUGCCAGUCAGUGCCGCCUAUCAGUGCGCAUCAGUGCCUCCUAACAGUGCCAGUCAGUGCCACCUAACAGUGCCGCCUAUCAGUGCCGCCUAUCAGUGC